ACAACCAGCCACCGGACAAGUAAAGCAACGUCAAGAAAGAAGUCAGGGGCCCAAGGCCUCCCAACAGCUGGACCCCUGGCGGGGCCGGCAGGCAGAAGGUGUCUGCGGCUUCUGUGGGAACCCAUUGCAAGGACCCACACCACAGAGCUUUGGACGUGUCACGGUGAACGGGCUGGCUUUGAACUGCGAUCCUCAGAUCUCAGCCUCCAGAGUAGCUGGGAUUGCAGGUGUGAGCCAGCACCUGGCUCUGGUGAGCUUCUUAGAGGCACAUGUCACACGGGCCUCCCUUGCAGAGGAUGGAGAAUCUGGAUUACAAUUCUUCCUCUGCCUAUGACAAUGAAUACCUGGAAGACUUGGACCCCAUGGUGGCGGUGGAGGAGGCGUCUCAGGUGGAGACGGGUGGGAUUGAGAUUUUCGUGGCGGUCUACAGCAUCAUCUGCUUCCUUGGCAUCUUGGGCAAUGGUUUGGUGAUUGUCAUUGGCAACUUUAAGAUGAAAAAGACGGUGAACACCAUCUGGUUCCUCAACUUAGCCGUGGCGGAUUUCCUCUUCAACAUCUCCCUGCCGAUCCACAUCGUCUAUGUGGCCAUGCGCUAUCACUGGGUGUUCGGGCUCGCCAUGUGCAAGAUCAGCAACUUCCUGCUCAUCCACAACAUGUACACCAGCGUCUUCCUGCUUACUGCUAUCAGCCUCGACCGCUGCAUCUCCGUGCUCUGCCCCGUGUGGGUGCAGAACCAUCGCAGAGUCUGGCUGGCCUGGGUGGCCUGCAUGGUCAUCUGGGUCCUGGCUUUCUUCCUGAGCUCCCCCUCCCUCAUUUUCCGGGACACGACCCAUUCACAGGGGAAAAUCGUCUGCUUCAACAACUUCAGCCUGUCAGCGGAUGAGUCUCCCUCCGUUCAGGCCCACCUGUCCUCCGUGGGGUACAGCCGCCAUGUGGGGGUGACGGUGACACGCUUCCUCUGUGGUUUCCUGGUUCCUCUCCUCAUCAUCACCGCCUGCUACCUCAUCAUCCUCCACAAGCUGAGGCGCAACCACCUGGCCAAGACCAAGAAGCCCUUCAAGGUCAUCGUGGCCAUCAUCGUCACUUUCUUCCUCUGCUGGUGCCCCUACCACACGCUCUACCUGCUGGAGCUCCACCACAUGGCUGUGCCCGCCUCCACCUUCAGCUUCAUCAUGCCCCUGGCCACCGCCAUCGCCAUCGCCAACAGCUGCAUGAACCCCAUUCUCUACGUCUUCAUGGGGCAGGAUUUCAAGAAGUUCAAGGUGGCCAUUUUAUCCCGCCUGGCUAAUGCUCUGAGUGAUGACACCGGCCAGUCGUCCUUCCCCAGGAGCUUCACCAAGGCGUCGUCCAUGAGCGAGAGGGCUUCUGGGAACCACAAGGAGACCAGCAUACUUUGAGUGUCCUCCCUCCUCAAGGGGUCCCUCUGGGGGCACCCCAACCCAAGGACCAAGGCAGGAACCCUCCCCAGGAGGUAGAGCACCCCCCUCCGUGCCCGCAGAGCAAAUCGUGUUCUUGGCUGCAGACCCAGGGUGGGAAGGCCUUCGUCCAGGGAAGAUGGCGGCAGCCCAAUGGCCCUGCCACAUCCAUGCCCAGCCCUGGACCAGCAGUCUGUGCUCUGUUGGAGUGAGGACCAGCCUUGGCUUAACUCAAAGCACAAAAAAAGAAAGAAAAAAGA